GAUGGAAUAACUUCAAACUCGUGUCUGUAGUGGUCGGGGAGCCUCAGAGAGACGCGCAGAGGAGCGCAGAAGGCGCAGACAUGUCCGCCGCGCAAGGACUUCUCAACAGCGUCUUCUCCUCCUGCUCCUCUCCUGCCUCCAAAGCCAUCACCAAACGGAGGCUCCGGCAGACCCGCAGCCUGGACCCGGCCAUCAUCAGACACUGCGGCACCGCCGGGACCGACGCGCCGAGCGGGGCGCCGUUUCUCGGGGGCGCGGACGCAGGUGCGCCUCCGGCCGCGAAGGCGGCUUUACGCACGAAGAUCCCGACCCUGAAGGAGCCCAUCGCUCCCUCCGUCUCCUCCCCGUCCAUCCCGCUGGACGUGUCGCCGUCCUCCAAUUUCCACUUCGACUACGAGGUCGUGAAGCGCGCCAAGAGGAAUACCGCGGGGGAUUUACCGUUUAUGGUGCGCGGACCCGGCGCGCCGCCGCCGCCGCCGGGGAGCGGCGGAGCGCUCUUCUCGCCUCGGAGGUGGCUCCAGAAGAAAGUGCAGCCGUCCAGCUCUCACGCUUACGUCGUGUGGAAAUCAGAGGGUGAUUUCACCUGGAGCAGCCUGUCGGGGCGGAGCGUUCGUCUUAUGCCGGUCGCCAUUCAGAGCCUGUCUGAGCUGGAGAGGGCCCGUCUCCAAGAAGUAGCCUACACCCGUUUACACCAGGACUAUGACCUGGGAUGUCAAAUAACCAUCCCGAAAGAUGGACAGAAGAGGAAAAAGUCUCUGCGGAGGAAAUUGGACUCGCUUGCGAAGGAGAAGAGUAAAGACAAAGAAUCCAUCCCCCAGGCCUUCAGCAUCCCCCUUUCGCAGGUCAUCGCCAACGAUCGGACUCACAGGCAGCGGCAGGACGGCCAUCGUCAGGACCCCCCGCAGCGGGAGGAGCACAAGGACUCCUCGGACCUGGUCUCCUCAAUUUUACAGUUCGCCACCAAGCGGCCGUCCAACAAGGAGCUGUCCAGCAGCAACUCGUCGCUGAGCUCCACGUCGGAGACGGCCAACGAGUCCACGUCUCCCAACACGCCCGAAGCUGCGCCGCGAGCACGCCGGAGGGGCGGCAUGUCGGUGGACUCCAUCACCGACCUGGACGACAACCAGUCCCGCCUGCUGGAGGCGCUGCAGCUGUCGCUGCCCACCGAGACGCCCAGCAAGAAGGAGAAGCACCGCGACAAGCGGCUGAGCCUCAACCCCAUCUACCGGCAGGUGCCGCGCGUGGUGGACAGCUGCUGCCAGCACAUCGAGAAAUACGGUUUGCAGACGGUGGGCAUCUUCAGAGUGGGGAGCUCCAAGAAGAGAGUACGACAAUUGCGUGAGGAGUUCGACCGCGGCGUCGACGUCCAGCUGGACGAGGAGCACAGCAUCCACGACGUGGCGGCGCUGCUGAAGGAGUUCCUCAGGGACAUGCCGGACCCGCUCCUCACCAAGGAGCUCUACACGGCCUUCAUCAACACCACCUUGUUGGACUCUGACGAGCAGCAGAGUGUCACCCAGCUCCUCAUCUACCUGCUCCCAGCAUGCAACAGCGACACCCUGCACCGCCUCCUGGAGUUCCUGUCCAAUGUGGCCGACCACGCCCACGACCAGCAGGACAAGGAGGGACAGGAGAUGACCGGCAACAAGAUGACGUCUCUGAACCUGGCGACGAUCUUCGGGCCGAACCUGCUCCACAAGCUGAAGAACUCGGACAAGGAGUUCAGCGUGCAGAGCUCGGCCCGCGCCGAGGAGAGCACGGCCGUCAUCGCCGUCCUGCAGAGGAUGAUCGCCAGCUACCACACGCUCUUCAUGGUUCCUCCUGAUCUGCAGAACGAGGUUCUCAUGAGUCUCUUGGAGACGGAUCCAGACGUGGUGGACUACCUCCUGAGGAGAAAAGCGUCGCAGAGUCCCGAUCUGCUGCAGUCGGAGGAAGGCUUCGCUCUGAGCGAGCGCCGCUCGUCCAGCGACUCCAACAAGGCGUCCAGCGGCGAGGUGUCCCCUUACGACAACAACUCGCCGGUGCUCAGCGAGCGCCGGGCGGACUCGGGGAGCCCGGCCAGCGAUCAGCACUCCCUGAUAUCGCCGGGGGCGGGCUGGGGCAGGGACAGGGACGCCGGCGCCGACCCCUGGGGCUCAAAAGAGGAGCACGCCAACAUUUGGGGCACGUGGCACAGCACCCUGAAGCCGGCGCUGAAGCACCAAACGUACACAGGUUCCCACGGCAACAUGUCGGAGGGAAGCUCCCGCAGCUCGCAGGAAGGUCUGGACGCGCUGCAGCACGUGGACGGCAGGCAGCAGGGGGCGCUCCAUCGGACUCAGACGUCGCCUGGCGCCGUGGAGUGCAGGCCCCACCCGCCGGUCGCCAGGGUGUGCACGAGCCCCCAGCAGCGCCCGCGGCUCGACAGCCCCUCGGCGUCGCCGCACUUCAACAGCUCGCGGCGGGCGAACUCCAAACCUCAAGGCGGCUCCGGCGAGGCCGGCGACAGACGCUCCCCUCCCCCGUACAACGCCCGCCACCGACUGGCCGGCUCCGCGCAGGGCUCGCCCCAGCCAGCGCCGCCACAGCACGGGAGGCCGGACGCCACGCCGGCGGAGCCCCGGAUGGCGCCGCAGAGCCCGGAGUGGCAGGACUGGCAGAGGGACCGCUGGCAGAUCUGGCAGCUGCUCUCCUCGGACAAUGCGGACACGCUGCCGGAGACGCUGGUGUGAUCACCGACUGCGCGCCGGCUCCUCCAACGACAAUCCUCCCCGCGCCGCCUGUCGUCCCCGUCGGACUUCCCGUGUCGUGGUGCCGCCGCGGCGUGGUUGUUUACGUGUGCAGCUGCUGCCUCCCCUGACACCCACGAGCCACUUGUAUUUGUUAUUUUUGUACAAAUGUGCUCCUGGCCUGUGCUUUCUGCGAGUUAAAACCAUCAUCUACUUUACCCACAAGAAAUACCUCAAAAAAACAAAACAAAACAAAAAACAAAACCUUUUUUCAGAACGGCUUCAUAUCUCAGCUGGAGAAUGAAGAAAACUCACCGUGCACACACGAAAUGAAACGUACGCAUUUAUAACUGCUGCUAACCGUGGACUCGUUAAUGUAAUGCCAUUGUUCGAAAAACAUCAAAAAAUUGUGUUUGACUGUAAAUAUAAAUAUGUUAAUACACAAAUUGUUGAUGCAUAAACAGUAUAAUGUAAAUUGUAUGUAAAGUAUAUAAUUUUUUUCCCUUAAAGUAUCUACCUGAAUGCUUAACAAGGCAGUCCGGAUGUGGGUGUUUUGUGUCGGACUGCUGUUAUUUUGUCUUUAACAUUGAAUGUAAAUCGCUUGGCUUGCAGCAAAUUCUUAAUUAUAGAGCUGAAUAUUUGCUUCGCCUCCGCCUGCAGGAACAAUGUGCCAAAAUUUUUUUUUUUAUGAUUUUUUUUUAAUAUAGGUCGGUCAUUUCAUCCAGUUUGUCCUUUGACAUUGUCAGUUUUUUUUUUUUUUUUUUUUUUUGCAGUACAAGAGGGAAUGAAAAUCAAAUCCAUAUUAAUGAAGAAAAUAAGUCUAACUUUAAUUUCAAGUUGAUAUUUGCAUGUUGCAAAGAUUUUAAUUUGACGAGGACGCUAUAAAAAGCUGUAGAGGCAGAGACCAUGGUGCAUAUUUCCACCUGAUAUCGAUAAUCUGGUAUUAAACCUCUCAGUAGAUCAACAGAAGCAGCAGUUUAGAAGAAUUUGAUUAAAAUCAUGACAUAGGUAGUGCGAAACCAUGAGUGCAUCACUUGCACACUAAAUAGAUUAAAAUAAAAUAAAAUAAAAUAAUACUGUUAGGGAUCUAUCAGCCGGAGCUGGAAAGUUUUCAUAUAAAUUAUUAUAUUUCUUCCAUUGUCCCCCUUUUUUUUCUUUACUUUUACUUUUUAAAUUUUGUAUUUUUAAUGUGAAAACAGGAAGACAAUGAACUGAGAGAAACCAACACUCUUUUAGAGGUCCAACUAAGGUGCUGACGAGAAAGAGGAAAAACUUUUUCUUGACUGUUUGACUGAUUGAACUAUCUACAUAAGGUCAUUUCUUCAAUAUUCUCCACUUUCUUUCCCACUCUGCUCAUGUGUUACAGUAAAGUGAGUAUUUGCAGGCAAAUAUUUCACUUGUUUUUCUAUUCUUGGUGUAGAAAAAAAAAACAAACUUCUUUUCAUGAAGCCACUUCAGCAUGAGAUGCUGCAUUCCUGCUUCAGCUCACUGUUGAGGGGUGAAUCGAAGGGUUGUGGCGCCACCUGUUGACAGAUCAUACAUCUACAGUCUUUAUCCAUCCAUUCGCAGUAAGAAGCACCUUUUGGGGGGAUCGACAGUGCCACAUACUCUGCUCUUCAAUGCAUUGCUCAAGACUCAUGUUUUGUAUUUUUUUUUUUUUUAAUUUUGUAUUGCUUUUUCUGUGGAGUGUCGUCAUAUAUAAAUACAUUAUAGCAGUUUUUAUUCAAGGAGGAUGAAAACAAGGAAGAAAAGAGAAAUCCUCAAUCUAUAUGUUACUGUUUUGUUUGUCUUGUUGACUCCACAAGACUUCUUUGGUUUUCUUCUUUUUUUGUUUUGGUGGGGUCUACUGGGUCCAAGCUGUAAUGGAAUUUCUGGUAACUGCUUUUGUACUGCGCGUCAUCAUCAAUAUGCUACAAUGGAAUUAAAUAUGAUAGCAUCUA